GGGGAGGAGCCCGAGACCCAGGAGCAGCGGCUGUGGCAGUGGUGGCGGUCGGAGGUCUGAGAGCUCUGCUCUGAGGAGCCUGUGGUUGUCCGGACAGGUUUCAGGCCAAGCAGGAGCCAGCAGGACGGGAUUGCCAGCCAGAGAAGGACGACCUCAGCAGUCCCAAUGCACAGACCAACCCCCAGUCAAGUCACCAAGAGGAGCCGGUCGCCAUUCUCCACCACUCGUCGUACUUGGGACGGCAGUGAGAACUCGGGGCCGAGUCUGAAUGUUGAUAAUGAGGACUAUUGCAGGUACCCGCCCCGAGACUACAGGGCUUCGGGGAGCAGAAGAGCCCUGGCUUAUGGACACAUGGACUGUUUUGGGGCAGAUGAUAGUGAGGAGGAGGGGGCUGGGCCUGUGGAGCGACCGCCAGUAAGAGGGAAGGCUGGCAAGGUGAAAGAUGAUAAGCUGUAUGACCCAGACAAAGGGGCAAGGUCUCUGGCUGGGGCGCCCCUCCAGUUCGCUAGCUUUAACCGUGACGUGAGAGAAGAACUUGCCAAGUUAGAGCCAGCCCCUGCCGACAGGUGCUCUGUCGGCAGAGCUGAGUUGCUGCAGCAGCACUGCCUGGCCCCUCACAGAUCUGCCGAAGGCAAGGGCAUUGCCCACGGUGAUCGAUUGGAGAGGGAGAGACGGGAGCCGAAUUUACCUGUGCGCCCCAGCAGGGCUCCUGCAAGUAUUUGUGGUGGUGGGGAAAACACCCCCAGGAGUGCAGAGGAACCGGUGGUGAGACCCAAGGUCCGAAAUCUGGCCAGCCCCAGCUGCGUGAAACCAAAAAUCUUUUUCGACACAGAUGAUGAUGAUGAUAUGCCACACAGUACUUCCAGGUGGAGAGAUGCCUCGCGCGCUGACGAAGGCCACUCCGAUGGCCCAGCCCGAAGAGGCAGAGGCGAAAGUUCCACUGGCUACUGCGAGCCCUUCCCUGAAGACAAGAGGGAAGCAAGGAACGACCAAGUCAAGCCAGAGAAGGUGCCGCGACGGCGGCGCACCAUGGCCGACCCUGACUUCUGGACAUACAGUGAUGAUUACUAUCGGUACUGCGAUGAAGACUCCGACAGUGACAAAGAGUGGAUCGCCGCUCUGCGGCGCAAGUACCGAAGCCAAGAGCAGCCUCUGUCUUCCAGUGGCGAAAGCUGGGAGACCCUGCCGGGCAAGGAAGAGUGGGAGGCUCAGCAAGUGAGAGUGAGUGCCAGCAACACUAGCUUCGCUGCUGGAACCAGCGCCGGUGUCUGUACCGGCGCCGGGGCCGGGCCUGGGGCCAGCCACGAUGGCGACAAGUAUCCUGAAGAAGUUCCCGAGGUGUCGGUUCAGGAGGAGGAGCGGGCGUCUUUGGAAGAAGGCGAGAUCCCUUGGCUACAGUAUAAUGAGAAUGAGAGCAGCAGCGAGGGCGAUAACGAUUCUGGUCCUGAAUUGAUGCAGCCCGGGGUGUUCAUGCUGGAUGGCAACAACAACCUAGAAGACGACUCCAGCGUGAGCGAAGACCUCGAAGUGGACUGGAGCCUCUUUGAUGGGUUUGCAGAUGGGUUGGGAGUGGCCGAAGCCAUUUCCUACGUGGAUCCCCAGUUCCUCACUUACAUGGCGCUUGAAGAACGUCUGGCCCAGGCCAUGGAAACGGCCCUUGCACACUUGGAGUCGCUCGCUGUGGAUGUAGAGGUGGCCAAUCCACCAGCGAGCAAGGAGAGCAUCGACGCUCUCCCCGAGAUCCUGGUCACUGAAGAUCACGGCGCGGUUGGCCAGGAAAUGUGCUGUCCUAUCUGUUGCAGUGAAUAUGUGAAGGGGGAGGUGGCGACCGAGCUGCCGUGCCACCACUACUUCCACAAGCCAUGCGUGUCCAUCUGGCUUCAGAAGUCCGGCACCUGCCCCGUAUGCCGCUGCAUGUUCCCGCCCCCUCUGUAAAAGACCGAGGCAGUACCCUCCUGGUCCGAUUAUUUUCCCCAUCAGAAAUCCACAUUAUACUGCAGGAGCCCUCUCGAAAUUAACAAUGAAAAUGAAACCAAUCAGUAAAUUAGACUAAACCUGUUGAUUCCUUGUGAUUCUUUCCCAGGUGAAAAUGGUCGCGUACAAAUUACAUUCUAAGUCCUAUUGUCUUUUAGAGGCUAGAAAGGGAAAAUGAAGCUUUCUAAGAUGCUACUUGAGAUUGCGGGGUGAACAUACCUUUUCUAACUUGAAAGUUGAAGUAAAUCAUAUUUUGUUUUCUUUGGUAGACUCUCUGACUGUUAUUGUCAUGUCAAGUGUAUCUGUUUAAGUAAGUCCGAGAGAUGAAAUCACUUUUGUUGCAUGUUAUGGGUUAAUGUUCUUGUAAUUGCAGUGCCGUAAAAAGCUUAUUAAAGUUCUUCUUUUGGUUUUCCAAGGUGUAACCAGGUCGUUUGCCUUUC